AUGGCUAUUCUUCCAGCAGUUCCAGCCUUCUCCACCACCAUCGUCGUUAACGGGGAGCCAGCGGAUGAAUACCAACCCCCACACAUCCCUAUCCCAGACUGGUCAGAGUUACUCGAUACGAUUCUAUCCCCUUAUUUCUCCUUUGGCGACAAUACCGAUACGCUUUUGGUCUCCACCUAUAUUGAUGGGAACCUCAUUGAAGAGUCUCUGGUUUUCAAACAUCUUGUCCGUGAACAAGAUUUUAUCGAGUACAUAUCCCACCGACAUCGGGACUAUGCGGAUGGUAACAGAGUCACUGAAACCUUUUACUUUCAAGACCUUGCGCCUACUGAGUGCACUACUGCCGCGACCCUCCAGGCUGACAUGCAGCUUGUCAAGACACUUGGGACAAUCAGAGUUGUUUUAACAUCAGCCAAGACCUUAGAUUACGAUCCCAAGCACGGUCCUUUGCACAAUGCUAGUGGUGAAGCGGAAAGCAUCAACUCUUUGCAACUAUCCACCAAAGCGUUAAUUCUCAACGGAAACGGACAAACACACGGUACUGGCUUUCAGCAAGUUGAUGUCCCCGUCCACUUUGGGCAUGUCACUUACAUUGAUGAGAUGAAUCCUGCUGACGAUUUAGAUACCCUCGCGGCUCAGAAAAUCCUGGACCCGGCGAAUAUCAACCAGGCCGCGCAGGGGAUGCCUCAAACACUUGAAUCUGCUCCAGAGCCCCCUCGCUAUGCUGUUCGGACCAUGUCGAAUGGAUGUCUUGAGAUCGAUCUGACUGGUGAUGAUGAGUAA